GUCCGAAAGCGAGACCGAUCUCUAAGACUCACCGCCGCACCACCACUCACAUGACCAAGCCGAGUACUUAGACUACGUCACAGUAUCCUCGGAUUUUCUAUCUUUAGGUCCCUCGAGUUCUUAGGAUCACUCCUUCUUGAACUUGUAAUCAACCUCAUCAAAUCCCGCAGCCUCAGCCACUGGCCUCGCACAGUUACCAUGACCUUCACCACGAACACUAAAAAUGUUGCUCUCAUUUUUGGGGCUUCUGGCAUAUCCGGCUGGGCUUUGAUGCGUGAAUGUCUGCGGUAUCCGUCGAAACAGACAUUUUCUCGUGUUAUCGGCCUGAGCAAUCGGCCUCUAUCUCGGGAGGCAGCACAUGUUCCAGAUGAUCCACGACUUGAAAUCCACUCGGGAUUGGAUCUCACCGAUGAAAAUCAAACCAACGAGAAGCUAGGGUCUAUCCCCAACAUAGGAGAUGUAACGCAUGUGUACUUUGUUGCAUAUACUGGUCAUGGUGGCGACCCAAAGGAAAUUGUCAAGCUAAACGCGGCAAUUGUCGAUAAUGCUUUGAUAGCACUCAACGAGCUCUGUUCAAAGAUGGAGUUCUUUGGCUAUGGUACAGUCGGGGCCGGAUGGCCGCCUGCGCCUUGGAAAGAGGACCUCCCUCGCAUGCCAGAGCCGUACGCGUCUGACAUAUUCUACUAUGCACAAUACGAUGUGGUGGCGAGACACGCUGCAGAAAGCUCGUGGAAGUGGUCCGAAAUCAGGCUGUCUUAUCUCCCUGGAUUUGUCCCGCACCAUAAUGCUAUGAAUAUAGCACAGUCUCUUGGGCUCUAUCUAUCCUACUUUUGCUCGAAGAACGGUACUGGUAGCAAGUGUGUGUUUCCUGGAUCUCAAGAGUCCUGGACAGCACUGCGCACUGAGUCCUCGCAGGAUUUGAUUGCCCAUUUCCACAUCCACGUUUCAAUGCGUGCGGAACUGACGGACGGACGCUCGUUCAAUAUCGGAGACGGUGACCCGGUCUCGUGGGAGGUAACGUGGCCAGUGCUCUGUAACUAUUUUGGCCUCGAGGGAGUCGGCCCCUCAUCGAAAGCUGAAGGGGAGCUUUAUGGAAUUGAAUGGCUCAUGGCUCAAAAGGAUUUGUGGCCUGUAUGGAUUCAAGAAAAUGGUCUCAGAGAAAACGCUCUAGAUGCCAUGCAGUGGGAUAUCCUUGGCGUAUGCCUGUCUCUUCCGAUGCGGAUAGACUUCGACCUGACGGCAUCUCGCGAGAUCGGCUUUCAGGAAACCUUGGGGCCUGGUGAGGGCUAUAUACUAGCGUUCGAUCGGCUGCGGGAAGGGAGGUUUUUACCAUAGAAUAGGAUGGAUUGCACUUCUUUGCGACAUUAGCACCUUUCCAUAGGCACAUUUGUCUCCACGCAAAGGAC